CCAGCUAACGUCAUGGUUCUUCUUGCUGAUCCUACCCACCCCAGUUUUAAACCGGUGGUUCCAGGGUUCUCGCAGCCUCUCUCAGUCCCCCGCCCCGAAGCUGGGAAGGUCUAAAGAGAAGAUCGAGAAAAGACCCGGAAGUGGUGAGGACCUUCAAGCACGUGAUGAGGGACACACUGGUGCUGUCACGUGACCCGUCAUUCCUGGGUGCGGAAUGUUUAGGUGCUCUUAAAGACCCUCAUCCGCCUCAUCGGAGCCAACUCUGAACUCUCGCUGACUUUGGACCCCUCGGGGGACCUGAACUUGAUGCCAUGGGAGGCUGUGCGGGCUCUCGGCGGCGCCUUUCGGAUUCGGAGGGCCCUCUUCUUUUCCCCCUUCCAGGAGAGGAGGCCGAUCCGGCACCUAGGCCCCCGCCGCAGGACCGUCAGGGCGGCCAUUGGAAGAACGCGGUGGGCUUCUGGCUCCUGGGCCUCUGCAACAACUUCUCUUACGUGGUGAUGCUCAGCGCUGCCCACGACAUCCUCAGUCACCAGAGAGCACCUGGGAACCAGAGCCAUGUGGACCCAGACCCAACACCCACCUCCCAUAAUAGCUCAUCUCGAUUUGACUGCAAUUCUGUCUCCACAGCUGCGGUGCUCCUGGCAGACAUCCUUCCCACCCUCGUCAUCAAAUUGCUGGCUCCUCUUGGCCUUCAUCUGCUGCCCUACAGGUCUGGGUGGAGGUGGCGGGAGGAAAGCCCCCGGGUGCUCACCAGUGGGAUUUGUGCUGCUGGAAGCUUCAUCCUGGUUGCCUUUUCUCAUUCGGUGGGAAUCAGCCUGUGUGGUGUGGUCUUGGCUAGCAUCUCUUCAGGUCUGGGGGAGGUCACCUUCCUUGCACUCACCGCCUUCUACCCCAGGGCUGUGAUCUCCUGGUGGUCCUCAGGUACUGGGGGAGCAGGGCUGCUGGGGGCACUGUCCUACCUGGGCCUCACCCAGGCUGGCCUCUCUCCCCAGCACACCCUGCUGUCCAUGCUGGGUAUACCCGCACUGCUGCUGGCCAGCUAUUUCUUGUUGCUCACGUCUCCUGGGCCCCAGGACCCUGGAGGGGAAGGGGAGGCAGACACGGCAGCCCGGCAGCCCCUGAUAAACAGCGAGGCCCCAGAGUCGAAGCCAGGCUCCAGCUCACACCUGUCCCUUCAGGAAAGGUGGACCGUGUUUAAGGGCCUGCUGCGCUACAUCGUCCCCUUGGUGCUGGUUUACUUUGCUGAGUAUUUCAUCAACCAGGGACUCUUUGAACUCCUCUUCUUCCGGAACAUGUUCCUGAGUCACGCUCAGCAAUACCGCUGGUACCAGAUGCUGUACCAGGCCGGCGUCUUUGCCUCCCGCUCCUCUCUCCGCUGCUGUCGCAUCCGCCACACAUGGGCCCUGGCCUUGCUACAGUGCCUCAACCUGGCCUUCCUGCUGGCGGACGUGUGGCUGAGCUUCCUGCCGAGCAUCUACCUUGUCUUCCUGAUCAUUCUGUAUGAGGGACUCCUGGGGGGCGCGGCCUACGUGAACACCUUUCACAACAUUGCCCUGGAGACCAGCAGUGAGCACCGGGAGUUUGCCAUGGCAACCGCCUGUAUCUCCGACACCUUGGGGAUCUCGCUGUCAGGGCUCCUGGCCCUGCCUCUGCACGACUUCCUCUGCCAGUUCUCCUGACACUCUGACUCCUUGGAACAUAGGACACACUGACCUGGGCCCACACUGACAGGCGGGCAGGUCGGACCGACCCCAGGCCCACAGCCCAGAGCCCACCCAUGAGCUCUGCCCCCAGCCAUCGCUACACGGCUGGGAUGUAGAAAAGUGCUGAGGUCCUGUUCCCCUUUGAUGGAGGGGCAGCAGUUUUCUUCCACUCCCAAGCUGCUUUCGGGGAAUUUCUUGGCAUUAUGCCUUCAGAAUAAAUGCCUGUUUUAUCAA